AUGUCUGCCAGAUCCGUGCUUCACGUCGGCCUCCUAUGCUCGGCUGCGUACAUGACCUAUUGCUCCAGCACGUCUCCUACUCCCCCGCCAUCGGACGAGGAAGUCAAAGCGCAAGCGGACAUUAGCACGAUGGAGCGGUUGUUCACGCGUGUUGCACGAUCCACGGCCAGCAUGCUCAAGUACACGUCUAUUGCUGGUGCGGGCUGCACUGUCGCUGCUAUCUGCGCUAGGGAGUACUCCAGCACUUACAGCGACACAGUGUUGCAGAAACUCAUAUUUCCGGGGAUAGGAUCGGCAGCUAGGAUUUCGAUCACUCCCAUCGUCCUUGCAGGAUGGUCUCUCACUAUGUUGGGGACGUCACUUCGCCUCUGGUGCUUCCGCACGCUGGACCGGUUCUUCACGUUCGAGGUCACAUUGAAGGAGGGACACCAGCUCUGCACUGGCGGCCCGUACUCCUUGGUGCGCCACCCGUCCUACACGGGCUGGAUCAUCCAAUGCAUCGGGAUGGCGACUCUGAACGGCGGUGCUGGAUCUUGGGCGAGGGAGUCGGGGUUCCUAGGCACUGUACCCGGGCAGAUUGCUGCCUGUGCGUUCCUGGCAGUGGAGAUGUACAUGUGCAUGAGUAUGGUGCACAGGUGCAGCGAAGAGGAUAGGCUCUUGAGGAACCGGUUUGGAGACAGCUGGUUUGCUUGGGCGCAAAGGGUGCCUUACCGUCUUCUUCCUUAUGCAUUCUAG